GUAGUUGCUCUUAUGUUUGAAAAAUAAGAUAAAUCAGCAAAAUAGGAGAUAUACUCGCCUAAAUAGUCUAUGAAAAAUCUAACUAAGCUACUAUCCUAAUUUGGUGUGAUAGCCUAUUUUUUGGUUUAUCCCUGAAUGAAUAGUACAUGCAAUAACAAAUCCAUCAGGUUUAAAGUAUAUAAAUGUUUUGGAAUUUAUGUUACGUUUCAUGCAACAAUCUUUUCAAAACUGUUGUUUAAAUGGUGAUCACAGUUCUUAAAUACACCAGUGUGACCUUAAAAAGUUUAAUGGGACAGGACAAUGUCUUAUUUAAUCCAGUUAGAAGUUUAAGGAAUAUCUCUCAUUGUUGUUUUCUUUGGUUUUUAGCAACUACUCACCAAAACUAAAGAAUGCACAGUCAAAAAACUGCAAGUACACCUCAAUUUAGGGAAAUAUACCUCAACUGAGGUACCUAUCAAUUAUGCGCUUAUAUAGGUCACAUCACAGCUUGAGUGGAACACUUAAGAUUGGGCUCUUGGGUGCCACUCACAAAUUCCCAAAUAAAAGUUUAGAUUAUAAUACUUUCAUGGCUGAAAAUCUGAAUGAUAUGGAGGAUGUUCGCAUGAAAAUUAAUGUGAAAAGAAAUCGUUAUCCUUACUGCGUAGUAUGGACCCCUAUACCAUUACUAACAUGGUUGUUUCCUUUUAUCGGUCAUAUGGGUAUCGCUUACUCCUCUGGUGUCAUACGUGAUUUUGCUGGUCCUUAUUUUGUGUCUGAAGACGAUAUGGCAUUUGGAAACCCCACGCGUUACCUUCAAUUUAACCCUAUGAAAGUUAAUAAAGGGGACUGGGAUCAAUCAAUAUCUGCAGCCUCUGAUGAGUAUAAACACAGAAUGCAUAAUCUUUGUUGUGAUAAUUGUCAUUCACAUGUGGCUAUGGCGUUAAAUUUAAUGGAGUAUGACGGAAGCUCCAGUUGGAACAUGAUAAAGCUUGCUUUUUAUUCAUUUAUAUUUGGGAAAUAUGUGAAUUUCUGUGGAUUUGUAAAAACAUGGCUACCGUUUGUAAUAAUGUUAUCCAUCAUAUUGACGGUUGUCAUCUAUUUUAAAAUUUAACAAUUGUUGAAAUUUUUCUGUUAAAUAUAAAUUGGUACUUUUUAAAACUGCAACACAGCUUAUUGCUUUAUCCUUCUUGUGUUAGUUCUAAUUGUAUAUGCAGUAUUUCUGAAUUAAGGAACUGACAUGAAAAAAUUAUAGAACUAUAUGUACAUGUCCAUACAUAUAAUUUAUUUCAAGUAAGUCGAUGUAUGUUUUUUGCAUUUUGCUUUUUAUAUUUUCCUAAUAUAUGUUCUGAUUAAAUCAUUUUUUAUUUGAUGUAACCCAAAUCACAUUUCGAUCAACAUUGGAGCAUCAAGGGAAAGUGAGCUUUGAAUUUCUGGGAAAAUAAAUAUUUUAUUUUAGCGUCAAACAGGUUAGUUUCUUUUCUUUCUGAACUUGGAAAUUUUAAAAACAGUUUGGAUUAAUGAUUUUCUACUAGACUUUUGGCACCUGAGUGUAUAAAGGACUCUUUGCUGUUGUUUAUUUAUUUGUUUUUUGUACAUAUGUGGCAGGAUUUGUAUAGCGUGUAAUAUGAAUCAGAAUAUAACAUAUUUAGCACAAGUUGCUCUGUGGUACAAA